CUAAUAUUAUUUGGUAUUUUGUUCACUUGUCGUGUACUUUGUUUUUAAUUCGCCUUAAGCAAAUUGAAUUAUGUCUCCGGCUUGGUUUUUAGUAGGAGUGGUGUUUUUCUAUCUUCAAGUCGUUGGUGGUGCUGCAAGAUCACAGACGUAUAAUGAAGACUUUUACUAUUGUCCGAGUGAAUUUAAUGUGGAAUCGUCAAUAGCUUAUUCUGGAAUAGAAUGUCAAGGUGAUUCAGAUUGUGAGGAAAAUCAAAUGUGUUGUACCGUAAUCGUAGUAGAUAAUGCUAUUUCUAAUACAGAAGUUGGACAUUACAGCCAUUGUACCACACCUCAAUUACAAACCGGUUAUGGAUUUUGUCCUAAAUUCACAAUCCAAAACACUGGAUUCUCAAGCCAAAAUAGUUGUAAUACUAAAAAAGACUGUGAUAAUGGAGAUCUUUGUUGUUUAGAUGGAAAUGGAAUUGGAACCAAAAGUUGUACGACUCCUCAGUCUAAACCGCCAAUAAAAUAUAAUGGAGAAACAUGUUCGGGCGUUACAAUUAAAGCAGGACUGUUCACUGGAUGUACCACCGACUUCGGUUGUACUGAUAAACUAAUAUGUUGCGGAUUUGAAUGUAAUGACCCUAAUUUCUCUAAUGAUGAUAAUAAAUCAUCAUCAUCAUCAUCAUCAUCAUCAGAUGAUGAUGAUUAGUUUUUGAACUAUACUAUAGUACAAAAUUAUAAAAAGGAAAAUCAAGUUACAUAUUUUAAAGAACGUGA